ACGGCGCCUACCUCCAAAACGGCCCAAACCCCCAGUUCACCCCCCGCGGCCCCUACCACCUCGUCGACGGCGACGGCAUGAUCCACGCCGUCACAAUCGUCGCCGGUCAAGCCACCUUCUGCAGCCGCUUCGUCCAAACCAACAAAUACACCACCGAGCGCGAUCUCGGCUACCCCGUUUACCCUAACAUGUUCGGAGCUUUCACCAGCGAAAUCACCGCCUCCUUGUUCCUCACCGCCGCUCGAAUUCUCACCGGCCAGUUCGACCCUUUCGUCAACGGCAUCGGCACCGCCAACACCAGCCUCGCCCUAAUCGCCGGCAAACUCUUCGCUCUCGUCGAAACCGACGUCCCGUACAAGAUCAGGGUAACGGAAGACGGCGACGUCGCCACCGUCGGCCGCCGCCAAUUCGACAGCGCCGAGGGUUUCCAGAUCAUGACGGCGCACCCCAAAUCCGAUCCCGACACCGGCGAGACCUUCGCCUUCCGAUACUUCGCCGCUCCUCCAUUUUUAAAGCUUUUUCGAAUCGAUUCCGACGGGAGGAAGCAUAACUCCGUCCCAAUUUUCUCCCUGAAGAGUUCGUCGUUCAUUCACGAUUUCGCGGUGACGAAGAUAUUCGCCGUGUUUCCCGACACGCAGAUCGUGAUCGAGCCGUUGGAGAUUUUGAGAGAUAGUCCAUCAUCUUCUGAUGCAGCACCUCGAAUGCGACCAAUGGGGCAAAAGAGAGCCAAACGACAAGCGAAACAAAAAGCUAAAAUGACAUCUACAGUCAACGAAGAUAAGUGGAAGCAUCUCCAAGAGGCUAUGACUAAACAAAUGAGCGUGCAAGAGGUACAACUCAAGCUUCAACAUAUUGAGUUUUGUAGACAGGAUACUAGUGGCAUGUCGGAGGAUGAACUCUACAACCAUUUCAAGCUUGUAGCUGAAAUCAAUGCUAAAUACGGGUGGAAGUAA